AUGGCUAUCAGGGUACAGUUUGAAAAUUCGAAUGAGGUGGGUGUUUUUUCAAGAUUAACAAAUUCGUAUGCUCUUGUAGCUUUAGGAGGAUCAGAAAAUUUUUCUAGUGUGUUUGAAUCCGAGUUAUCACAACACAUUCCCCUAGUAUAUACAACUAUAGGAGGUACCAGAGUAAUAGGUCGGGUUUGUGUUGGUAAUAGGAAAGGGCUUCUUGUUUCAAGUAUAUGUACAGAUCAAGAGUUAUUACAUUUGAGAAAUUGUUUACCUGAAAAUGUAAAAAUAAAAAGAAUAGAAGAAAGAUUAUCGGCUUUAGGAAAUUGUAUAACAACAAAUGAUUAUGUAGGUUUAAUACAUACAGAUAUAGAUAAAGAGACUGAAGAAAUAAUACAAGAUGUAUUAGAUAUUGAAGUCUUUCGAACUUCUAUAGCAGGAAAUUUAUUAGUAGGAACCUAUUCCUAUUUUACAAAUAAUGGAGGAUUAUUACAUGCAAUGACUUCAUCACAAGAAAUUGAAGAAUUAUCAGAACUAUUACAAAUACCAUUAAUCACGGGUACUAUAAAUAGAGGAAGUGAUCUUAUAGGAUCAGGGUUAGUAGCUAAUGAUUGGUCAGCAUUUUGUGGAAUGGAUACUACAGCUAUAGAACUUAGUAUUAUCGAAAAGGUAUUUAAAUUGAAUAAUAUAACAGAUAAUAAUGUGGAAGACACCUUUAAAUAUAAAUCUUCUAUAAUACAAACAAUGAUAUGA